AUGACAAGUCCUUCCCCAGAUGCAACUUUUGUCAAAUUUCAGUGGAAGACAUACUCUGACGCAGCACUCGCAAGACUCGUUCUGGACAAAGGCUUUCCCAUCAACUUAUUCGAAGAAGUUUUGAGCGUUGUUGUAGAUCCAGGCUUUAAGCCACAUGACGUUACGUUCAAGCAUGCACACUGUAUCUUUGAUCAAGUCGCAGCUUUUGGAAAGAAUUUGGCAGUGAAGCACGGCAUGUCUGCGCCUUCGGACUCUGUUUCUGUACGCGUACAAACAGAUGGCCAUAGUAAUGCAGAGAACUCUGAAAAAUCUGCGUUUACUGCGCCGCAGCCGUCGAAUUCUGGAUCCUUUGAAGGCACUCCACCUGUUUUCGUUGGUGCAGGUGCAUCUGGACAAACAACAGGUCUAAACUCUGCACUUGACCAAUCCGACGAUCAGACGGGUGCGUUUGCUGCUAGGAACACACUAACAGAUCCAACAACAAAUGCACAUGACAAAAGUGUCUCACCUGUGGUUAUGGGCUCUGCCAAUCCUCUGUCUUCUGUCUUUUCCGGAAAAGACGCGAAUGCUCCAAGCGCCAAACAAAGCAGUAACACAAUAUCUCCAUAUUGCGAAACGUCGUUUAAGGAGGCCCGUCGGCAAGACUAUACGCAGGGGCGCGAACCGACAGGCGGUGUUGGGCAGACGAAAGCAUUUGGGUUAGCACCUUCGCCUUCAACAAAUGCAGCCUCCGAUCAGUCCGCCGCAAGGUUUGGCGGUCUCUUCCUUCCGAAAAAUCAACAGCUGUUUGGAAAUAUAUAUCAAGGUCAAACUACGACCGCGAGCUAUGGCAGUGUUCCACCAGUGACUACUGGCUCUUCCAAUCCUCCCUACUCUGUCUUUUCUGAGAAAGACGUGAAUGAACCGAAGUGCACUCUGCACUAUCAAAGCAUUAGUAUAAUGCCUUCUUAUCACGGAACGUCGUUUGAGGAGCUUCGUCUUCAGGAUUAUACACAAGGUCGCAAGCCGACGAAGGGUAUUUCUCAAUCGAAAACAUUCCAAUUAGCACCUUCGCAGUCGACUUUUGCGCCUUUCGGCAAGAUCACUGCAAGUGCGAAUACUCCCGGAGUCCUUAGUCAGAAUGGUCAACGGACAUCAUCAAAGCCAUCUACAUCUUUCGGUCUCUUCGGACGUCCUGUUGCGAACCAUGGACCAGCACAGGCUACGGGUACGGGAGUCGUUGUUUCAGGGCUCUUUGGACAAAACGCACAACAGCAACAGACCAAGAACACAGGGCCUACUAACAGAAGCGGUGGACGUGGUCAGAGAAAUCAGUCGAAUUCUUUCGACAAACCUAGCCUACAGUCUGGCCUAGUCACUCCUGGAACUGGUAGCUCGCUUGGGGAAGAUGUGAAUCAACCUGUGCAACAGUCUUGUUGUGAUCCACUCAAUUGGUCUACUGACAGAAACCAGUGCGGAUCUCUAUUCUGCUCUAAUAGAGAAAAUCUUUUGAAGGCUAUGUUUGAACAGCUUGCAAUACAGCCGACUUCGGCCAAGCUCGGUCAAUUUGGUCAGAAUAACCAGCUGCAACAACAGGAUCAUCUUCAAAAUCGUACUCCAAAUCAGCAACAAUAGUGUCUCGUGUUAUGUAUUCACUGCCAGGGUGGAUGGAUCA